AUGGAAACGGGAAAGGGAGGAGUCGCUUCACUUUGGCGGGGUCGUCAAAGGGAAACGCGAAGUCCGUUCAAGAAUAAAGAUCAUAACCUGUUAAGAGGAGAGUUCCUUCAUGGAGGUGCAGUUCUUGAUUGCUGCUUUCAUGAUUAUACCUCUGGUUUUAGUGCUAGUGCAGAUAACACUGUCACAAGGCUUGUUUUUGACCACGAAAAGGAGGAUCUUUUGGGACGCCAUGAUGCCCCUGUUCGCUGUAUCGAGUACUCUUAUGCAACGGGGAAAGUGAUUACAGGGAGUUGGGACGAAACUUUGAAGUGUUGGGACCCACGUGGUGGAGGUGCACAGGAGCGUGCAAUGGAUUUUUUUGAUGCAAUGGCACCAAUUAUUUUCUGUUUGCAGACUUGUUCCAUUAGCUGCUUUUGGAUGGGUGAAGAUUAUGAUGAUGAGAAACCAUUGUCUUCAAAAUAUAAUUCCAAGUCCAAAGUGGGAUCAUCUAAUAAUCAUAAACCAGUGGUUCCCAAAGUUCAUCAAAAUGGUUCUGCAUCAAAGGAUAAUAAUCAACUGAGGAAUAUUGGGUUGAAUAAGAGACCACCAGAUGAGGAAAGAUCUGCUUCUGUUAAAAAGCCAAAGCUUUCUGAUUUUGUAACCCCUAUCAACCACAAACCAGUUGCAACAAUGUUUUCAGUGAUGUUUGACACAGAUUACAUGGCCAAACCUCAGUUCAAAGACAAUUUCUAG